UCAUCCACCUGCCUGUCACCCACACAGGAACCGGGCAUUAUUAGACGCGCCUUCAGCCCAUAUCAGCACAUACGAAACAGCGCGUUACAGCCAGCACCAUGGCGGCCGAGCAAAGAAAGCUGCUCGAGCAGCUCAUGGGCGGCGGCAUGGCCUCCCGCACCGCACAGCUUCCCCUGACCGACCCCAAAGUCUGCCGCUCCUACCUCGUCGGCACCUGUCCGCACGACCUCUUCACCAAUACCAAGGCCGACUUGGGCGCGUGUCCGCGGGUGCACUCGGAGGCGCUCAAAGCCGAGUACGAGGCCCUGCCAGAGGCGGAGAAGAAAAAGUAUGGCUUCGAAUAUGACUACAUGCGAGAUUUGCAGAACCGCAUCGAUGCAUGCAAUCGCAACAUCGACACACUCCAGCGCCGGCUCGAAAAGACGCCCGACGAAGUCCGCCAAACCAACGCUCUCCUGAAGACCAUCUCGGACCUCGGCUCCACCAUCGCCAACGGUCUACUCGAAGUCGAGAUCCUAGCCGAGAUGGGCGAGGUCAGCCGGGCGUACGACGAGUACUACAAGGUGCGGCACGCGCAGGCGGCAAAGGCGGAGCGGGAGAAGGAGCUGAAGGCGCUGUCGGAGACAUCUGGCCCAUCUGGGCACCAGAAGUUGCAGGUGUGCGAUGUAUGUGGCGCCUACCUGAGCCGCCUCGAUAACGACCGGCGACUGGCGGAUCACUUCUUCGGCAAGAUGCACUUGGGCUUCGCGCAGAUGCGCAAGGCGUAUGAUGCGUUCCCCAAGGAGAUGAGGGGCCGGCAGCGGGCACCGAUGCCGAUGGGCGGUGGCGGGGAUGAGGAUAUGGGCGGUGUGCCUACGGGCCCGGGAGGGGGUUACAAUGACGGGGGAUGGGGCAAGGGGCCGAGGGGCCCGAGGAGUGGUGGGGGUUACCGUGGAUCGAGGGGCGGGAGGCGUGGGUGGUAGUCACCAAACCUCCACUGUGGGCUUUGCAUUGGUAUGGCGUCUGGCGUUCAUGUGCGUGAAGAGGUCAACGGUGGGAUAUCUCGGUUCGGAUUGCUGCGUUAUUUGGAUAUAGAGCGUGUGUACUCAACUUUACCCGCUCUGCCACCCGGGUUGAUGCCAUAUGCUAUAAUAAGCCGGUUCCACCAAUACGCCUCUGGAUGCAAUACUUGCCUGAUUCUUAUAUUCA